UGACCCCUCUCAGCUACUGACCAGCCCUGAACCUUGGUUUUUCCUUGGACCAAGAUGACUGAUGGAAACCUUUCCACCACUACAAAUGGCGUAGCCUUGAUGGGCAUUCUGGACGGUCGACCAGGAAACCACGUUCAGAGCCUGCAACACUUGAAUCUCAAGGCACCCAGGUCCCUCUCGUUGUCUGAGUACGGGCCCAAGCUGAAACUUGGUGCUUUAGAGGAUCGGCACAGCCUUAAAUCGGUGGACUCAGGCAUCCCUACCCUAGAGAUCGGCAACCCGGAACCUGUCCCCUGCAGCGUGGUCCACGUGAAGAGGAAACAGUCCGAGUCGGAGAUCAUCCCGGAGCGAGCCUGCCAGAGCGCGUGCCCACUGCCUUCCUACGCGCCACCAGGUCCCACUAGUGCCGAGCGGGAGCAGAGUGUGCGCAAGUCCUCCACGUUUCCCAGGACAGGCUAUGACUCGGUGAAGCUCUACAGCCCCACCUCCAAAACGCUGAACCGCAGCGACAAUGUCUCAGUCUGCAGCGUGUCCAGCCUCGGCACAGAGCUGUCAGCCACGCUGUCCGUCAGCAAUGAGGACAUCUUGGACCUCGUGGUCACGAGCAGCUCCAGUGCCAUUGUGACCCUGGAGAAUGACGAUGACCCACAGUUUACUGACGUCACCUUGAGCUCCAUCAAGGAAACCCGUGACCUACGCCAGCAGGACUGUGUUGAUGAAACUGAGGAGGGGAGGAAAUUGAAAAUAUUGGGACCAUUUAGUAACUUCUUUACAAGGAAUUUGCUUGCUAGAAAACAAAAUGCAAGACUUGACAAACAAAAUGACUUGGGAUGGAAGUUAUUUGGAAAAGUACCACUCCGAGAGAAUGCUCAGAAAGAGUCAAAGAAAAUACAAAAGGAAUAUGAAGACAAGGCUGGACGACCUAGCAGGCCACCCUCUCCAAAGCAGAAUGUGAGGAAGCAUCUUGACUUUGAGCCUCUUUCCACCACCGCGCUCAUCCUGGAAGACAGACCAGCAAAUCUCCCGGCAAAGCCAGCUGAAGAAGCUCAGAAACACAGGCAACAGUAUGAAGAAAUGGUGGUUCAGGCCAAAAAACGAGAGCUGAAAGAAGCCCAGAGGAGGAAAAAGCAGCUGGAAGAAAGAUGCAGAUUAGAAGAAAGUAUUGGAAAUGCUGUCCUCACUUGGAAUAAUGAGAUUUUGCCUAACUGGGAAACAAUGUGGUGCUCUAGAAAAGUUCGAGAUUUAUGGUGGCAGGGAAUCCCUCCCAGUGUGAGAGGCAAAGUCUGGAGCUUAGCCAUUGGCAACGAGUUAAACAUCACCCACGAGCUCUUUGACAUCUGUCUUGCCCGAGCCAAGGAGCGGUGGCGGUGCUUUAGCACGGGAGGCUCUGAAGUGGAGAAUGAAGAUGCUGGUUUUUCAGCAGCAGACAGAGAAGCCAGUCUGGAGCUUAUUAAACUGGACAUUUCCAGAACGUUCCCUAAUCUCUGCAUUUUCCAGCAAGGUGGCCCGUACCACGACAUGUUGCACAGCAUUUUGGGCGCUUACACUUGUUACCGACCGGAUGUGGGUUAUGUUCAGGGCAUGUCCUUCAUAGCGGCCGUGUUGAUCUUGAACUUAGAUACUGCAGAUGCCUUCAUUGCUUUUUCUAAUCUUUUGAAUAAACCCUGUCAAAUGGCGUUUUUCCGAGUGGACCACGGCCUUAUGUUGACUUAUUUUGCUGCAUUUGAGGUAUUCUUUGAAGAAAAUUUGCCGAAAUUAUUUGCUCAUUUCAAGAAAAACAACUUAACUCCAGACAUCUACCUAAUCGAUUGGAUCUUUACUUUAUAUAGCAAAUCUUUGCCCCUGGAUCUGGCCUGUCGCGUAUGGGAUGUGUUCUGUCGUGACGGGGAGGAGUUUCUGUUCCGCACGGCCCUGGGCCUCCUGAAGCUGUUCGAGGACAUCCUGACCAAGAUGGACUUCAUUCACAUAGCCCAGUUCCUAACGCGGCUGCCCGAGGACUUGCCUGCAGAGGAACUUUUUGCUUCCAUAGCUACAGUUCAGAUGCAAAGUCGAAACAAGAAGUGGGCUCAGGUACUGACCGCCUUGCAGAAGGACAGCCGGGAAAUGGAGAAAGGAAGCCCAUCUCUCAGACACUGAGGCGGCAGGUUUUCUAUAUCUGCCAUAUCCGCCGAUGACACUUCAGGGACAAAGCAAGGUGCCGAGCCAGUGGCCAUCCUCAUGCCCUCCGUCCCAGCUGUGUUCCGUGUGUCAUUUUUUCCCUUGUGUUCCUGGCUGAACUCUCCAGGGAGGUUGCAGAGCGUCUUGGUACACUGUCUGCCUCAGCCUUUAAACGCUGACUUGCCCGACCUCCUGGAGGUGUUCUGUCUUCACCCAGCUCUUGGCAGCCUUCCAGAGACAGCUGUUCCCUGACUUCAUGCGGCUGAGUGUAACCCAGGCUGAGCCCGGCCUGGGAAACAGGCCGCGAGCCCGGUCACGCCGUUCCUCACGGAUAUACUUGGUUUUAUUCCAUGACAUGGGCUUUCUGUUCUUGAAAGAUGUAUAUAUUUUCUUACUGUACAUACAGAUGUUCCUUAAGUGGUGACAGAAAGCGAUGUAGCAAGGGGCAUGGGCAAGUUAUUGAGAAUGCGUUUGUGCAACUUCAUGUGUAGUCAGACCCCAGCCCUCAACAUUAUUGUCAGACAGUUUGACAUAAAUCUCUUUGGAUAGCACCAUAUAUAUGCAUUACAUUUUUAAACAGGAUUCCAGGCCAAUCUGGAAUACUUCCAAAUCUUUAGUUCAAAGGAGGUUUUCCUGACCUGUCCAGGGACCACACGAGCUCUUGCUGGUUUGAUGCGUCCACUUCAGAGGCCGGGAAGUUCUAAGGCCCAGUCUAGGGUCACUUCGCCCCUUUCCGCAGAGGGCUGCCGGACAGCACAGGGCUGUGCUUCUCUGCUUCACAUUCUCGUUUAGGAAAACUGGAAGCAGAAAUUGAAGUGCAGCCCCUGGAACCCUGCCCUCUCCACUUCCCGUGCCAUUGAUUUUCAGGAUGUGAGGCUUCAGGUUUGGGACCUCUGUGCAGCUGGCACUUCGGAGUCGGAUGCUGUGUCCCCACCAGUCAUUGAAAUCCCAUCUGGAAAAACGUUCACUUUAAAGGGUACUUUUUAACUGCUCAGUUUUUGACUGUUUUAAAUAGUUUGCUGAUAGAAAACCCCUGAUAACACUUGCUACAUAUCAUGUUUUAAUUGCUUGUACAGUUAACCUUUAAUUUUAUUUAGUAAAGUGUAUCAAACUAGGACUUUUUCAAUUGUAAAUAUGUGGUUUUAUUAAAUAAAAGUCAUGUAAAAUUGUUA